AUGCUCAGCAGGAAGAAGGAGAUAUUUCGCACCCCUCCCAACCAAACUGCCAAACAAAGCACCAAGAUCUUUGAAACGCCCGGCUCGUCCUCCAACAAGUCCCUGUUCUUCAACCUCGAUCGCAGCUCAAACAUUAACAACAACAAUCUCACCACCAGUCAAAACCGGUCGGACGAAUCGCUACUGCAGGCGGAUUUCCUCACGCCGAUUGAGAAGCUUCGGUUAUGGAGGCACGACGUGAUUGGCCAGCACCAGUACAAGACAGCCGAGUUUUUGGGCGACAAGAUUCUCGAUUUGACCAAUGACCCCAACGAUGCCUUUUGGCUCGCUCAAGUCUACUUUGACCAGGGCAAUUACUCGCGGUGCAAGGAUUUGAUCUUGUCGAGUGAAGAGUUUUCCAAUAGCAUUCUUUGUCGAUACUUGGCCGGAUACAGCUUGAUAAAACUAGAGCAGUGGGACGAGGCUUUGGAGCUCAUUGGUGAGGAAAACCCGUUUGACAAAGAAGACCGCUUGAAAAAUGACGAUGGCGGAGUCAAGCUUGAAGCUUCAAUGUGUUAUUUGCGCGGGUUGGUAUUUGUUGCUCAGAAUAACUUUGAACGGGCAAAAGAGUGCUACAAGGAGGCGUUAUUGGUUGACGUCAAGUGCUUUGAAGCUUUUAAUGAGUUGAUACGCAAUAACAUGAUGACCCCGCGUGAAGAGUGGGAGUUUGUCACUAGCCAGUUGAACUAUAGAGAGAUUGACGGCAACAAUGACUUGAUCAAGCUCCUUUACGCCACGAGGCUAAACAAGUACGUCCAUGUUGACAGGUUCAAAGAGGCCGAGCAGAUCUUGCGCGAAGAGUACGACCUCAUGGACAACUGUGAUCUCCUCUUGAGCCAAGCCGACUAUUUGUAUGUCCAGUGCAAUUUCGAUGCAUGUUUGGGUGUAUGUGAGAAAAUCCUAUUCAAGGACCAGUUCAAUUUCGACGUGUUGCCCAACUACUUGAGCUGUUUAUAUGAGUUGGGCGGCAGAAACAAGUUGUUCUACAAAAGCCAUCAAUUGGCCGAGCUCUACUCGUCUAACCCGAUGACGUGGCUCGCCGUGGGGACGUAUUACUUGUCAAUCAACAAGAUUCACGAAGCGAGGAAAUACUUCAACAAGGCCACGAUGUUGAACCCCAACUUUGGUCAAGCUUGGAUUGGGUUUGCUCACACGUUUGCAGCCGAGGGUGAGCAUGAACAGGCAAUAAGUGCCUAUGCCUACGCCGCCAAACUAUUCCCCGGGGCCCAUUUGCCCAAUUUGUUUUUGGGGAUGCAGCAUCUUCAAAUGAACAACUUGAACCUCGCCAAGGAAUACUUGCUCGCGUCGCACCACAUCUGCGAAGAAGAUCCGCUUCUUCUCAACGAGCUCGGCGUUGUCUAUUUCCACAAGAACGAGCUCGACCGCGCCGAGUUUUACCUUCAGCGGGCCUUGCAAACCUCGCGGUACUUGAACUCCAACUCCAAGACCUGGAUCUCGAUCCAUGCCAAUUUGGGGCAUGUUUACCGCAAGUCCAACGAGCCCUACAAGGCGUUGGAGUGUUUUAACCAAGUGUUGAAAGUGAGCAACAAGAACGACGCGAACAUCUUGUCUGCGGUGGGGUUGAUACAUAUGAAGUUGGGAGACUACGUGCCCGCGAUUGACCGACUACACGAUGCGUUGGCCAUAUCGCCAUUGGACCCCAUCGCUAAUGAUUUGUUGAAAAAGGCGCUCGAGGCGAACAAGGAAAACAGUUUAGAGUUUUUCAGCAAGUUUGAAAACCUCACCCUGGAUUUGAGUGAUGCCCAGUGCAUCUUCUCAGACUCCGAUGAUUGA